GGGGUUAGGGUUGAACCUGGGGUUGGGGUUGGGGCUGGAGCUUUUCCAGAUGAAGCAGGUGGAGGUUCGCUCACUGAUGGAGGCCUGUUUACCAGGCAGACCAAGCCACCUGUGGACAUGACAGCCCGAGGUGGGGGUGAGGCCACGAUACCAGCCAGUGGGGUGUUGACCCCGACACUAGCCCAAGGUUGGGUGUUGUCCCCCGUAACCGACUGCGCUCAGGCUGAGCCCAGGGGCUCACUGCGUACCGUGCGUAAGAAAACAGCAAAUACCAUAACUAUCGUACCUCGGCGAUGUACAGCCCCCAACCCAGGCUUAGCCCCCGCGGGCUCAGACAUUGCGGUCAGUGCUGUGGGGUUGGAGGUCGCCGGCUCCAGCCAGACACCUGCUUCGGGAACGACUCGCUUCCCCACAGCCGAGCAGAUCCAGGUGAUCGGAGGCUACCUUACCCUCCACAAGUCCUGCCUAGCCACGCCUCAGCCUCACGCCCACAACCACCGCACAAAGCUGAGAAUCUCCUUCGCUGACACUGAGCUGGAGACAUGUUUCCGGUACCCAUCUGAGGUCUCGUUUCUCACUGAGCCGGGAACAGAGGAGACUGCAACACCCAACCCACCACCCACCCAACACCAACACAAUGAAAGUUGCAGACAGUGAUGGUCGCUGGCGUGGGGAAGGCUUUGGUAACUAAACCGUAUCAGAUGUCGGAAUAGAACAGACGCAGAUUAACUAUGAACUUUGCAGAAGAUUAAUCUUUGAACUCUGGUCUCAGCAAGAAGAUUUUCAGGAGCAAAAUGGUGAAUUGCUGUUCACUCCAGGACGAGUGUGAAAGUGACUCAUUGACCCAGGAUCCGGAGUGUCAUCUGAAUGUACAAAUUAGUGCGAGCGAGUGAAUGGUAGUAUGAGGUUUACUGUGAUUGUGAGUAUUCGUGAGAGAGAGGAUAUCUGUGUGAAGAUUAGUGUGCACAUUGGUGUCAGUGAGUAUGAAGAUUAGAAUAAUGUGUGUAUAUGUGAAGAUAAACCUUCCUGCAUCAAAAAUAAACAAA